CAAUCAAUCAGAAUCAAAAACAAACCAACAAAACAUGUCUUCACCGAGCGCUGGCAAACGACGCAUGGACAAUGAUGUCAUCAAAUUAAUCGAAUCGAAACAUGAAGUUACCAUCAUUGGUGGCCUUAAUGAAUUUCAUGUGAAAUUCUUCGGGCCCCAUGGGACCCCCUAUGAGGGUGGCGUCUGGAAAGUUCGUGUCUACCUGCCCGACAACUAUCCCUUCAAAUCGCCCAGCAUAGGCUUUGUAAAUAAAAUCUAUCAUCCGAAUAUUGAUGAAUCGUCUGGGACGGUGUGUUUGGAUGUGAUCAAUCAGGCAUGGACCGCCCUCUAUGAUUUGUCGAAUAUUUUCGAAUCAUUUUUGCCACAAUUGCUCACAUAUCCAAAUCCCGUGGAUCCACUGAAUCGUGAUGCAGCCUCCCUGUAUUUACACGAACCCGAAGAGUAUCAUCGUAAGGUUGCCGAUUAUGUACAACGUUUUGCCACCGAAGAAGCAUUGCGGGCCGCCCAGGUGGAACGCGAAAGCAGUGACAGCGAGUCGAGUAUGUCAGAUUAUAGUGAGGACGAGGCAAGAGAUAUGGAGUUAUAAUACCGGUUUUUAAUUAAGUUUUAAUU